GGAGCUUCAAACAGAAAUUGCAGGAGGUGCCGUCAGAUUGGUUGCAUAGUUCGCGUGGACGGCUACAAGUGAAUGCACGGGACGACAGACCAAUCCGUCGACUUUGACGUAUUUGUGUGGUUUCGUCUGUUGUUGACGGUUUAGGUAUCAAUGGCGGGAAGCUUUUGCAACGAGGAUCAGCCGCUGUACAGAGGGAGAAAUAAGUCGUCGCUGAACGGCGAGCACAUGGAAUCAGAGUUGGCACGCCUCCAACACGGUUACACACCGGAUUCAAGAUGUCAUUCAUUCCCAACCAGUAGACAAGAGAGCAGUGUUGCAACAAAGAUGACUGGCUAUACAUGUACAAGCGUCUCCCUACCUGAUACAAUAUCCAUGCAAGUAAGACCACAGCAGCUUGAGCCUACACCUUAUGCAAGCAGUUAUGGCCAAACCCCAAUUCAAGGGUCAUCGCCAACUCCAGAUCUGGAUGGUUUCCAUCAGCCACAAGUCCACUCAAAGACGAGAGGGAAAAAACAGACUCAUGAAAUGUUUAACUCAGAAGUUGGGAUGGCAUCUGUAAGUUCUGUUAAAAAUAAGAAAAAAGAUUAUAUGGCCAAUGAAGAAAAGUUGGUUUUAUCUAAACAAAAACGCAAUCACUCUGUGAGUAUAAAUUUGUUGCCGGUCGUCCAGUCAUCGUCAGAUGAACAUGAAUUUGGUACUCUCAUUCAGUUUGAUAAUACAGAAUUAUCAUCAACCCAUUUUUCAUCUAUAACCAACACCAACACACAUGAUACACUACAGAAAGUACCCCCGCCAAAGUCUCCUGCACUGAUAUAUCAACACACAGAAGAUGCCUUAUUGACAAGUAGCCAGCAAAUUCGUGGUUCUGAUGUUUUAUCAUCAUUGGUUAGUAGCCAGCAGAUUCAUGGUUCUGAUGUUUUAUCAUCAUUGGGUAGUAUACAGCCAGAACAGUCCCAAAAUGUCAGCAGACUGUGUAUUCAUAGUGAUUCUGAUAGAGCUUGUCAAGAUAGUGAGAGUGCUAAAGAGGUACCACCUUAUAUUUACUCUCCUAUUGGUUGUGUUGACAGUAUUGAACGAGUUGAGACUCCUGGCUGGAGAGAGUAUCACUUCCUGUCACCAAAUGAGGAAGAUGACAAUACAGAAGGGAUGGACACACAACAAAGCAUUUAUGAAUCAAAUGCGCCAGAAGAUAGCCAACAUCACAUUCAAUCAAAUAGCACAAGACCAGAACUUCAGGAUAGAAGUACUACACUGAACACUCCAGCCGCUCCCAGUUUUCUUCAUGGUGUGCCUGAAAAUCAUUGUGCUCGUUGUGCAUUUCAGUCAUCCACCGGGUCAACACAAACAGAAGAAAAGGUAUUAAAGAAAGUUAAGAUUCUUCAACAAAUUCAUGAAAGCCAACGUCAGACACUUGUUGAAUUGAUGGCCAACCAAAGAAUGCAAAUAGAAGUUAAGUUAUUGGCACAACAAAGGCUCGCGACUCAAUUGCAGCAUGAUUUAAGAAAUCAAGAACAAAGACAGCCUGAAACUGCAGAGAUGAUACAACAGAUACUUGCAACACAGCAAACAAUUGCUACACUAACACAAGUAUUGCCAGAGUUAUUCAUGAAGGAACAACAAUCUCUUAAAGAGCUGUUUGCUCAACAAAGCCAAGAAAUUAUGCAACUCAUCUGAGUUGUAGGCAACCGUAUUAUAGCAUAUGGGUGACAUAUCUGUGUCAUGAAUACAAGAGGCCAAUAACUAUAUGACAUAGAAUUGUACCUACCGUUGUAUGUGGUAUUUUAGUAUAAAGAUUUUAGUUGUUUUCUACAAUGCGGACUUCUGGUAAACUAGAGAGGAUUCUCUUUGGUUUUGUAUCACAUGCUGUGACUGAAAAUUUGUAUAGAUUGAGGUUGAAAUUUGCAUAGACUGAGUUUGGAAUUCAUUAUGGAGCCAUGUUCAUCAAUGUGAAUCACCAUA